GAUUUGCCCAAAGUAUGUUGUGGUGUCUGGUGGUUGAUUUGCAAAUUCACCCCUCUCAUCAUCUGACUAUUUGGAUUAUGGCUUCUUACUGAAUGGUGGGACAUGCUUUUAUCAAGUGAGGGGCUGCUAAGUCCCAUCUCUAGCCAGGGUAGGCUCCUUGCCUGCCUUGUUCUUGGCGAGGAAAUUAUGGCGUCAAAGUUGAAUCUAUUGCAAUCAAAGGCAGCUGAAGUCUCAAAGUUUGCGGUCAAGAAUGGAUGUACUUACUACAAGCAACUGUUGGAGCAGAACAAGCAAUACAUCCAGGAUCCACCUACUGUGGAGAAAUGCCAGAGUUUGGCAAAUCAACUGUUUUACACGCGACUAGCCAGCAUUCCUGGUCGUUACGAAGCAUUAUGGAAGGAACUUGAUUGUGUCAAGCAACUGUUCAAGAACAGGCAGGAGCUGAAGACUGAGGAUGCUGGUAUCAUUGCUCUUUUUGGGCUAGAGUGCUUUGCCUGGUUUUGUGCUGGUGAGAUUGUAGGACGAGGGUUUACAAUUACUGGUUACCAUGUCUAAGUGGCUUGAGAAAAUUUGCUUUAGGUGUUCAACUGCUGAGCUUCUCAAAAUUGAAUUUAUUUCUUUCUAUUCCUUUCUAUUAGCUAUUCAGUCAUCGACCAUGCCAUAUGAACUAUUGUUUGAGAGCAACUUAGAAACUUGUAAGUAGCAAGUUUAUUUGCAUCAAUAAUCUAAAAUUUUGGUCUUGCAGCAUUUUUCUCCUUCCCUUUUACUGCUAAACUCAUUAGUAUUUGUUCUGCAAAACUGAGCAUUGAAUUGAAAGGUUGUUUGCAAA